GCUCCGUGAUUAGUGCCCCCCCCCCCCCCGCGCGGGCGCGGCGCGGCGGCUGCUAGGGUCGAUCUGUCAGCGCGGCAGGGGCGGGCCCGACGCCCGGCCGGGGGCUGCCUCUGGCAGAGGCAAAAUGGCUUUCAGUAAAGGAUACCGUGUCUACCACAAACCGGACCCACCUCCAUUCAGUGUGAUUGUGGAAACCAGAAACAAGGAAGAAUGCCUCCUCUUUGAGUCGGGAGCUGUGGCUGUGCUCUUGUCUGCAGAGAAAGAGGCAAUCAAGAGCACGUACUCCAAAGUAAUGGAUGCAUAUGGACUCUUAGGUGUACUAAGAUUAAAUCUUGGUGAUACAUUGUUACAUUAUCUGGUUCUAGUCACUGGAUGCAUGUCAGUAGGAAAGAUUCAAGAAUCUGAAGUUUUUCGAGUUACUAGUACUGAAUUCAUAUCAUUACGAACUGAUCCUUCAGAUGAAGAUCGUAUCUCAGAAGUGCGCAAAGUUUUGAACUCAGGAAACUUUUAUUUUGCAUGGUCUGCUACAGGCAUCAGUUUAGAUCUUAGUCUUAAUGCUCACCGUAGCAUGCAAGAACACACCACUGACAAUAGAUUUUUCUGGAACCAGUCUCUUCAUUUACAUCUUAAGCACUAUGGUGUGAACUGUGAUGACUGGUUAUUGCGUCUCAUGUGUGGAGGAGUUGAAAUUAGAACAAUUUAUGCAGCUCACAAACAGGCAAAGGCUUGCCUCAUUUCACGACUAAGCUGUGAACGAGCCGGGACCAGGUUUAAUGUACGGGGAACAAAUGAUGAUGGUCAUGUUGCUAAUUUUGUUGAAACUGAACAGGUGAUUUUCUUAGAUGAUUGUGUGUCUUCCUUCAUCCAAAUUCGUGGAUCUGUUCCAUUAUUUUGGGAGCAGCCAGGCCUGCAGGUGGGAUCUCAUCGUGUCAGAAUGUCUAGGGGACUUGAAGCUAACGCACCAGCUUUUGACAGGCAUUUCCGAACCCUUAAAAAUGUAUAUGGCAAGCAAAUUAUUGUAAAUUUACUUGGGGCUAAAGAAGGAGAGCACAUGCUUAGCAAAGCCUUUCAGAGCCACCUGAAAGCUUCAGAACAUUCUACUGAUAUCAAAAUGGUGAACUUUGACUAUCAUCAAAUGGUUAAAGGUGGAAAGGCAGAAAAACUACACAGCAUGCUUAAACCUCAAGUUCAAAAAUUCUUAGACUGUGGAUUUUUCUAUUUCGAUGGAAAGGAAGUUAAAAGAUAUCAAAGUGGUACUAUCAGGACAAAUUGCUUGGACUGUCUGGAUAGAACAAACAGUGUGCAGGCUUUCUUUGGCUUAGAGAUGCUAACAAAACAACUGGAGGUUUUAGGAUUAGCAGAGAAACCUCAGUUGGUUACUCGCUUUCAGGAAGUUUUCCGGUCCAUGUGGUCUGUGAACGGUGAUUCUGUCAGUAAAAUAUAUGCAGGAACUGGAGCUCUUGAGGGAAAAGCUAAGGCUGGAAAGCUGAAGGAUGGUGCUCGUUCUGUGACCAGAACGAUUCAGAAUAACUUUUUUGAUAGCUCCAAGCAGGAAGCCAUUGAUGUUUUGUUAUUGGGGAAUACCCUAAAUAGUGACUUAGCAGAUAAAGCACGGGCUCUCUUAACCACCGGCAGUUUACGUGUUUCAGAGCAGUCAUUGCAAUCAGCAUCUGUAAAAAUCCUAAAGAAUAUGUGUGAAAACUUUUAUAAGUAUGCAAAGCCCAAAAAGAUUCGAGUCUGUGUCGGAACAUGGAACGUCAACGGCGGGAAACAGUUCCGCAGCAUUGCCUUUAAAAACCAGACGCUCACAGACUGGCUUCUUGAUGCACCAAAACUAGCUGGUGUCCAUGAAUUGCAAGAUCGAAGAAGCAGGCCCAUAGACAUAUUUGCCAUUGGAUUUGAAGAAAUGGUAGAGUUAAAUGCAGGAAACAUUGUAAAUGCCAGCACAACAAAUCAGAAGCUAUGGUCUGUUGAACUGCAGAAGACGAUAUCAAGAGAUAACAAGUAUGUGCUGCUGGCUUCUGAGCAGUUAGUGGGCGUCUGUCUCUUUGUGUUCAUCAGACCCCAUCAUGCUCCUUUUAUCAGGGAUGUUGCUGUUGAUACUGUAAAGACUGGUAUGGGAGGAGCUACUGGCAAUAAAGGUGCAGUAGCAAUUCGAAUGUUGUUUCAUACAUCCAGUCUUUGCUUUGUCUGCAGUCACUUUGCUGCAGGGCAGUCGCAAGUUAAAGAGAGAAAUGAAGACUUCAUAGAAAUAGCUCGAAAGCUCAGUUUCCCAAUGGGAAGAAUGCUCUUUUCCCAUGAUUAUAUAUUUUGGUGUGGUGAUUUUAACUAUCGUAUAGAUCUUCCUAAUGAGGAAGUAAAAGACCUAAUUCGGCAACAGAACUGGGAUUCCCUUCUUGCAGGAGAUCAACUUGUGAAUCAAAAAAAUUCUGGGCAGAUCUUCAGAGGAUUUUUAGAGGGAAAAAUAAAUUUUGCUCCUACCUACAAAUAUGACUUGUUUUCUGAUGACUAUGACACCAGUGAAAAAUGUCGCACACCAGCGUGGACAGAUCGCAUUCUUUGGAGGAGAAGAAAAUGGCCUUUUGACCGAUCAGCUGAAGACCUGGAUCUUCUAAAUGCCAGUUUUCAGGAUGACAGUAGUAUUCCUUACACAUGGACCCCUGGCACUUUGUUGCACUAUGGAAGAGCGGAACUUAAAACAUCUGAUCAUAGGCCUGUUGUUGCAUUGAUUGACAUCGAUAUAUUUGAAAUUGAAGCGGAAGAGAGACAAAAAACUUAUAAGGAGGUUAUUGCAAUUCAGGGCCCGCCUGAUGGUACUGUAAUAGUCUCCAUCAAAAGUUCUUCACCAGAAGAAAACUAUUUUGAUGAUCAGUUGAUUGAUGAACUUCUUCAGAAGUUUGCAGCCUAUGGUGAAGUUAUUCUUAUAAGGUUUGUAGAAGACAAAAUGUGGGUAACCUUUCUGGAAGGAAGCUCUGCUUUGAACGUUCUGAAUCUGACUGGUACAGAGCUGUUAGGAAGGAUCGUAAAUAUUAACUUGAAAAACCCAGACUGGAUCAAAAGUUUGGAAGAUGAGAUGAGCCUGGAGAAGAUUAGUGUUGGAUUACCUUCAUCAACCAGUUCCACUUUGCUUUGUGAAGAUGCUGAGGUUUCUGCAGACUAUGAUAUGGAAGGAGAUGUUGAUGACUAUAGUGCUGAAGUGGAAGAAAUUCUUCCUCAGCAUCUACAGCCAGUUGCAAGUUCUAGUCUUGGAACUUCACCAAGCUCUUCGCCGCGUUCCAGUCCUUGCCAAUCACCUACAUUUGCUGAUGGACCACCACCCACCCUUCCCAUAAGACCAAGCCGAGCACCAACAAGAACUCCUGGACCACCUAUAUCCUCACAAAGUUCACCAGUUGAUUUUCAACCAAGUAUACAGCAGAAAGAACCUACUCAGAGCUUGGAACCUAAACGCCCUCCUCCUCCUCGGCCAGUUGCUCCACCAGCACGGCCUGCCCCACCACAGAGACCACCCCCGCCAUCAGGUCUUGGAGCUCCUCCCAGUCCUGGGGUAGCUAGGAAAGAGAUAGAAGCACAAAAAAGCCCUGGAACACAAAGAAAAGAUAAUUUAGUUCGUAGCCAGCCUCCACCUUCAUCUGGAUUCACAAGUACAGCAACUGUUGGAUAUAGUGCAGCCAGACCGACUAUUCCACCCCGAGCUGGGGUUAUUAGUGCACCACAAAGCCAUGUCCGUCCCUCUGUAGGGAGGCCAACACCUGAAACUCAAACAAAGCCAGCUGAACCAUCAAGAGGGUCACCUUCACUUCCUGAACCACUAAAGCCUCAGGCUGCAGUUCCUCUUCAAGCGACUACUCAGCCAACACCUGUCCUGAAGAUGCAGGAGCCUCUUAUCCCAAUGACAUCACAUCCAUCUCCGACAAUUUCUCCACAAAAUCUGGAAGCACCACCACAACCACCUCCCCGGAGCAGGUCAUCCCACAGCUUGCCUUCAGAAUCUGUCUCUUCACAACAGCAAAUUAAAGCAAAUGGAGCCUGUUGCAUUAAACCUGAAACACAGUUAAACAAUGACCCUUUUGAAGAUCUGUCACUUGAUCUGCUUGCUGCAUCAAAGAUUCAGACAUCUGUUCGAACAUCACCUGCUCCAACUUUGAAACAAAAGGAGUUGAUUCAGUUGCCUUCUGCAGCACAAAGCAGUGUUAAUACUUUGAAUACUGUAGAUUGCAUGCCAGCAAUGCCUCCUAUUCCAACCUAUAACAGAUCCCAGGAACAUGUGCGCAGCUCUCCAAAUCCAUUUGUUACUGGACUGAAUUGCACAAAUCCUUUCACUGAAAGAACGGUGUGUGCUGGAAACUUAUUUAAAACUGAAACUCAAGAACCUAAAGUAACUUCACAGCUUCGAAUAGAAGGAUCUGCCACUUAUAAUUCUUUCCCCUCUCUAAAUGCUCCAAGUCAUAGUAAAGGCAAGCCAGUAUGUUCUGUUAGUACAUUUGAAGAUGAUUUUUUUUUGCAAAGUAAACCAUCAUUAGGUAAAAACACAAAUUCAAAAGGAUGGGUAACAUUUGAGGAGGAAGAGGAUUUCAGUGUAAAGAUGAAGUCAUUCAAGUGUGUUACAGAAUUAAAGAGGGUUGGCUCCAAGAAACCUGCUGGCUUUCCAGACUUACUGGGCACUGAACAAAAUACAUUUCUUGGUUCAGACUUUACCUUUGAUAAUAACUGGAAUAAAAGUUCUACUGAUUCCUUCUAUAUGAUGCCAGCAAGAAGACCACUUGCACCUCCUAUACCAUCAAGAAUAACCAGCAACAGGUCCCCUGUCAAUCCUUUUGUCUCACUAGCACCUAAGGGGUUGCCAGCCCAAGAUUUUACUGAGAGAUAGACAUUCAGACAAAGUUUGUUGCUAGGUAUAUCCACAAGAAUAAUUGGGCAUUGAGGUUAUUCUCCGUGCAAUAAUUUAAUUGUGAAAUGCACUGAACCUUAACUCUAUUCAUGAGCAACCACUACUUGUGUACACAUUUGGAGUAUGUAUAUAUGGUAGGGCAUAAAAAAUUGCCCAGGAUUAUUAUAAAUUCAGCUAUAGUCAUUUCAAAGGAUGGAAGAAUGGAUUAUGUAAUAAUCCCAAAUGCUUUGGUUUAGGAAGCAUUUUCCUUUCUGUUCCCCUCAGAUUUCAGGAUAUUAAAGGCUUCCUACUUGUAGGCUGUCUGGUCCCUUUUUACUGUUUGGUAACUGAUAUUUAUAAGUAUUUACCAAAGAGCUGCCAAAGUUUAAUCAAAAUUGAACCUUGACAGGUAUUGUCUUGAAAUUGUGUAUUGUAUAACAAAGGCUGUGGAGGUUUGUAGGGCUUACUUACAUUUAAAUCUCUGGGGCACAAACUAAAAUGAUUUACUUUCAAAAUAAAGAUAAAACUUUUGUAUUAAUAUAUUAAUUUUGUGUCAAAGCAUUUCUGCUAUGGAUGCUCAUAAAUGUUGUGACAUGUUUGUUUAUGUUAACUCAGAAUAAUUCUCUAAUAUAUAGUCUCAUAUUUGCAUUUUUUUACUUUUUUAAAACAUCUUUUUUCCAAAAAAAAUUGGAAACCAAGUCUUCCCCUUCCCUCCCCUACUCCCAAAGUCUUUCUAUAUUUUGCUAAUAUUUAAAAUCAAAUAGUAUAGUUCAGUGUUAAAUCCCACCCCCCUUCUAGUUUUGGCAUCUAUCAUCCCAGGAGGGCUUUCUCAUUUUCUAGAAAGACCUGGGUAAGGGAAUAAGCAGUUAUGCAGUGACUUCAGGAUAAGGAGAGAUUCUAAUAUGUAAGUUUAGACACAGUUUGUCCAAUUUUCCCUCUCGCUGCUGUAAUUACUGCCGUACCUUUCAAACCUUGCCUUUGGCAGGGAAAGCAGGAUAUCAGCAAUGGUCUGAGCUGAACAACUCUGUUCCCUCAGUCUUCUCAGUGUGCUUAAUCAGCAUCCCAUCCUCUGCCAGAAGGUGCAAACACCACAUUCUUGUUGCUUUGAGGUUAUGGAGGCUAAGACUUUGUUGCAUCUUUUUGCAUAUUAUGCUGUAAAAAUACAUACAACUGGUCCUGCUUUCAUGGUUUUCUGAAGUGCACAGUAUUUGAAUAAAAUAUGGUAUUUUGGUAUAAUGAGGGAAUUUCAAGUAAAACCAUUUCUUCAGCAACACAUAUACUAAAUAAACUGUUAUGCUUAGUCACUGUAUCUCUUUAUCACAUGACUUUAGAUACAAAGUUAUGCAUUUCCAGCAAAAAGAGAACGCAUUGAGAAUUUUGUCAUGAUCUCUGGAAGGGGAAGUGCCAUAUAUGCCUGCCCUUAUUGGCUUAUUAGCAAACAUGAGGCUGGUUGCCCAACAUUUGUAAGUGAAAUACUGCACACUAACAUAUUUAUAGCAGCAAAACUACAAUUAUGAUACUUUUUCUAAAUUAUCAACUGCUAUCAAAAUAUAUUUAUAGAAAUAAUCCACUCUAACUGUAUGCAGUUAGCCAAGAACUGCUGUUGGAUAGAGAAGUGAAUAUAGUAAGUUUUUAUAUUGUGCUUUUUUCCUGUUCAGGUCAUUAAAGAGUACUUGUACAUUUUAAACAGCAGUGGUACUAUGAUAAGCUUUGUGCUUCAAUAUGUCAAAUAACUAGUUUAAACUGUUGCUGUUAACAUCUGUGUGAUUGGUGUUUUGGUAUAUUCUUACACUGCAAAACAGUUUUGUUUUGGAAACGUUGCUUGUGUAAUCUGAAGUUCUGUGAUGAAUAUGUUCGCUGAAUAUGUAAGUACAGUGAUAACAAACUACUGUCUAAAAUGUACUUAAUACGCAGCACCCUAACACUUUUUUUUGAGAUUAGUUUGCCAGCAAAGUACUGCAAAAAUCACAAAGACUAUAAAAAGUAUAGUGUGUAUAUAUAGCUAAACAUUGUAAUGUGUAUUAAAGAAAAUAAUUACUAGCAGAAACUAAACAUAUUGAGAAAUCAAAUUAGAAAUGCUGAAUAUUUCCAUUAAUUCUGUGUUCUCUGUGGUUAAUUGCUGUUAACUGUAUGUAACAAGUUUAAUCGCUUGUGGCACAUACUUAUGAUUGUAUACUUAAAGAAACAAAACAAAACAAAAAAAACCCUGCAGUAUUAAAAUUCAACAGUGUACAACAUUCCGUAUAUAUCCUGUGAAAUGCGGUGUUGUAUUAAUUAAAUAAAUAUACCUGUCUUUAA